UCAUCAAGGUGUCGGGUUCCAUAAGGUUGUUAGUGAAUGUCAAUAUCCUAAAAUGUUUGCCUGUUAAAAAUAAUAUUUUUCGGCAGCCCUUAUUCCAUCAAUAGCUUAUUUAGUCUGCACAAAGGCACGGACUACCUGUGACGCGACUGUAUAAUAGACUUCAGCGUCAGCAGGCCUAGUUUGUAGGCCUAGCCUAUCUAUCAGUCAGCAUGACAUCAAGGCAUACGAAACCCGAUACGUCGGAUUUCUUGAAGAAAUUUGCAAGGGUUUUGAAAAAACCAGAUAUAAAAUCAUUUCAGUGGAGUGAUGAUGGAAAGUAUGUGGUUGUCAACUGGACACUUUGUGAAGAAGAGAGAGGAAAGCACAGGAAAGCCCUGUCGAUAUUGAAGAGGGUGGAGGACACCACGUCCCUUCGCAGGCUCUUGGGUUGCCACGGUUUUAAGAAGAUGGCAAGGAGGUCCAGUUCUGAUGUCCUUGUGUUUGAGCAUCAUGAUUUUGUUCAGAGAAGAGAGGACAACAAGAGAUCAAAAAGUUCAGGGUCAGGUUAUCAUUUGGGAAACAUGGAAGAGAGUUCACCCUGUAUGUCCAGUGAUGUGCUCUCAGACAUGUGCUUCUCUCCAAUAAAGAGGAAAAAUGCCAGAAGUCUCUAUCAGUACAUGAACUACAGCAGUCCAGCACCAGUAGCAGAACCUCAAGAUCCUCUUCAGCACGAUCCUGUCUCAGACCCACCAUGCACCUCUCUAUCUCUGGUUGAAGUCCAGAGGCCAAAAGAAAUUGAUCCAGAAAAGAGUUUGGGUUUGCCAGCAGAGGAGCGUCCUCUUCAGGAGAGCAUCCAGACUAGUCUCCUGCCUCCACUGUCUCCACACCCUCAGGAUGUGGGAGUGUCCGACGACUUGAUCAGCUGA